AUGUCAGUGGAAGGAUCAGCAGAAAAGACUGCCGCGCUAUCUGAACUUGUUAAGAGAACCCAAAGCUACAACAAAAACCUAACAAAGGUCGGCUUAGUUAUGGCAAAGACACGAUCGGAUGACUUAAGAUGGCUUCGUGAUUAUCUCCAAACCCAGCAAGUAAAAGCCCCCAUUUGCAGGGAACUGCACCAAUUAACUGUUCAUUGCCAGAACUGA